GGGAGCUCGCCGGAGAUGUCGCAGAAGCGGCAGCCGGAGGAGGGCGAGCGCCCGCGGUGGGGCGGAUGCGGCACGGCGGAGCCUGGCGGGAGCUCCUCCGCGCCCCUCCGGCCCGGGGAGCCCAAGCGGCAGAGGGUCCCCGCCCUCCGCGAGGUCAUCGCGGAGGUGAUGCGGAAGAGCAGCAUCGAGAAGCUCUUCACCUCCAUCGAGCCGCUUAUCCGGAGAGUGGUUAAAGAAGAAAUUGAGUUGGCGCUUGCAAAUCAUACUGCUAUGAUGACAAGGAGCCCCGUGGACAUUGUUCCAUGUACAUCGAAAAAUUUGCAGCUCCAGUUCACAACUAGGCUUUCUCUUCCUAUUUUCACUGGCUCCAAGAUCGAAGGCCAGGGUACCUUAAGUCUAAGCAUUGCUCUAGUUGACUCUUUGACCAGAGAAGUUGUAGUAACGGGUAAGGAGUCCCAGUUAAAGGUUGAACUAGUAGUUCUAGAAGGGGACUUUCAAGGGGGAGAAGACAAUGACUGGACAGCUCAGGAGUUCAAUAAUAACAUUCUUAGAGAAAGAGAAGGUAAACGGCCCUUGCUUUCUGGAGAUGUGUCUGUUGGCCUUGAUAGAGGCAUUGGUACAGUGGCAGAUGUAUCAUUCACAGAUAACUCCAGCUGGACCCGCAGCCGAAAGUUCAGGUUAGGUGCAAGAACUGAGGAUGGUUAUUUCAAUGGCGUAAGAGUACGUGAAGCAAAAACUGAAUGUUUUGUGGUCAAGGAUCAUCGUGGAGAAUUGUACAAGAAGCACCACCCACCAGUUCUUGAAGAUGAGGUUUGGCGCCUGGAGAAGAUUGGCAAGGAAGGAGCUUUUCACAAGCGUUUGAAUAAGGAGAAGAUAUUUACCGUCAAAGAUUUUCUCACUAGAUUACACCUUGAUGCUCCUAGGCUUCGGAAGAUAUUGGGCGGUGGUAUGUCAACUAAGAUUUGGGAGGUUGCUGUUGAGCAUGCUAAAACAACAUGUAUAAAAAGUGACAAGGUGCAUAUUUACUAUCUGGACAGCCCAAGCAAAACUGCUGUUGUGUUCAAUGUUGUUGGUGAAGUGAAAGGGUUAAUAUCCGAGAAAUUUGUUUCUGUUGAUGAUUUUACAGAAAAGGAAAAGGCUGAAGCACAUGCAGCUGUGAAGCAGGCAUAUGAAAACUGGAAGAAUGUGUCGACCUGUGACAGUGAAACACUUUUAAAGAAUCCAUCACAGCUAUGCAAUAUGAGAUCUCCAUCUUUGCAUGAAAACGAAUUCUACCAGUUACCUGCACAAGUCGGAACUGGUGAUUUUGAUUUAAGCGACUUGGACAUACCAUCAGGUGACAUAUUCUCUGCCGGACCAUCGUGUGCCUUAGAUCCUCUUUCACUGGAAACUGCAGAAAGCAGUGGAAGUAGAUAUCAGUCGGAGCUCCCUUCACUUGGUGGCCAUGGACAAACUCAAGAACCACAUGCUCUCGACAAGUUCCCCAAUUCACUGGUUUACGAGGAUAGUACCAGUCAUCCCUCUUUCAGCGAAGACUACUACCGUUGUUCAGAUCCUUCUGUAUCUUUUGACUCGCAAGAUCUUGGUGCUGCACUGAAGGGCUUCAUUGCGACGAUAUCAAAGCCCAAGCCUUAUAGAGGAUGGAGAACAUUAUCUUAUGUUAUAGGAUGGAUAUUCUACACAAAGAGGAUCGCCGCUCUCAAACGGAAUAAACCCGGGAAAUGAUGGUUUUCAUUUGCUUGUGGUUUUUUAGUUAAACUUGUGGUAUAUAUACAAGUGGAGGAGGGCAUGCACAUACGAGUGGUUGGUUAUAUUAUUGUCUUCUUGGAACCCAUGGCAAGCUGCUUUCUUGAGCCAUCUUGUCAGCGAGAGUUUAAAUGUAAAUAAUUAGAUAAAGUUCUGCACAUGAUGAAAGAUCUGCACAUAAUCCAUGAAUAUUGGUGAAUGGUGGUGCAAUCUUUGAAGGCUAAUCAGCCUGCUCCUUUUUGUGGAACUCAUCAUCAGCUUGUUCCUUACAAAAUCAAGUUGUUUUAUAUAA